CACCAGGCCCCGGUGAUGUGGCCUAACGCUCUCUCCCUCGCUCUCUCUCGCGUUGUCCCCGACCGCCCGCCCGCCCGCAGCUCCGGACGCCGGGAGCGCGCCGCGCGAGACGGACGCCCAGCCGAAGCGCCGCGGCGUUCCGGGCGUCUUCCACUUCCCUCCGGAAAAACCACGGCGCCGGCGAGCGCCGUUUCGGCGUCGGCGGCGGCGUCGGUGGCGGCGGCGGCGGCGUCGGCCGCGUCCCCGACCGCGGAGAGCCGCGCCCUGCCGCUCACGACCUGCCGCCGCGCUUCCAGCGGGAGAGGCGGCCGCCGGCGGACGUCCGACACUGGGCGGGCGAGGGGCGGGGGAUGCAGCAGCCGCAGCAGCCGCAGCAGCAGCAACAGCAGCAGCAGCAGCAGCAGCCGCAGCAGCAGCAACAGCAGCAGCAGCAGCAGCAGCGUGGCCGUCCCGGCAGCACCGAGGAGGAGCGAGGGCAGAGCCCGCGGAGGAGGCGGCCUCCCCGCGGGGCCGACGACGGCGACGACGGCGACGACGGCGACAGGAGGCAGAGCGCGAGGCAGCCGCUGUGGGGUGCUGGAGAGGAGGAGCGGCCCGGCUGGGGUGGGGCCCAGUUGGACAGAGGCCACAGGAGCGGCAAGGGACCCUCCGUGGGGCCGAGCGACGACUUCCCCGCCCUCUGGCACAACGGAGCGGUGGGGCGCGGCGGCGGCGCCGCCGCCGUCGCCCGCCCCCCCCCGGCAACCCCGGGGCCCCCCCCCCCCCGCGGUGGAACCGGGGCCCGCCAGGGCCAGGCGCACAGGCCCCAUCAAGCCCCCGGGUCCUCGUCCACAGGGGCAGCACUUCCACACCGGCGAGGCAGCUCCCGGCAUGCCGAGCGAGCCGGCGGAAGGACUCCACGGCAGGGGUGGCGGCUCGCUGCGGACGGGCGACCCGUGCCUGGCACUCUACUGGGAGGACAACAAGUAUUACCACGCCGUGGUGCACGACAUGCAUCCCACCCAGCCCACGGCCGUGGUCAUGUUCGCCGACUACGGCAACUACGAGGAGGUGCUCAUCAAGAACAUCAAGCCACUGCCCACGGGGGCCCAGGCCGCGGAGCGGCACGGCGCGGCGGGGCGCGGGUCGGUCGCCGGGAGGAGGAGCAGCGCCGGCGGGGACGAGGCGACGGCGGCGACCUCGCGCCGCUCGGCACGGCCCACGGUGCAGUACUACCAGCCCCCGCCCACGCGCAGGUGAGCGGCGACUCGAGAAGUCGCGGCCGUUGCCGGUGAGGGCUGGCGGACGCAAGAGGGAGAUCCUCAAGGUGCCGCUCAGCCCUGCGGUGUCGAGCGCACCAGGCUCCCGGACCCGAGCCGCACCACACGCGGGCCCGCCCCCCCCCACCCCACCCCGCUCGCCU